UGACAAGUACAAAAGAGUUAAGAACCUGAGACUGAGUGUAAGCAGCCUGCCAUACAAUUUACCUUCUUCUUCAUCACAGGCUUCCUUCUGAGGUGUCAACCAUGUGUGAAGGUCUCAGAGUGAAGAUAAUCGAGCAGAGCCAGGUCUCUCCUCCGCCACGUUCAACCUCACCGACCUCUCUUCCUCUCACUUUCCUCGACCUUCCAUGGCUCUUCUUCUCCCCAAGCCAACCUCUCUUCUUCUUCGACUUCCCUUUCCCUCUCUCUUACUUCACCGCCUUCACUCUCCCUAACCUCAAGCACUCUCUCUCCCUCACCCUGCAACACUACUUCCCUUUCGCCGGAACCUUCCUUCCCUCGCCGGAACCUUCCAAACCCCACAUUGUUUACUCCGAAGCAAACUCUGUCUCUCUGCUCGUCGCUGAAUCCGCCGACGACUUUAACCAUCUCUGCAGCAACCAUGCCAGAGACGUCAAUUGUUUCUACCCACUUGUUCCCGAGCUGAAAUCUGGAACAAAGGAGCUUGCUUUGAUGGCUAUUCAGAUCACCGUGUUCCCAGGUUCUGGUAUUUGUAUCGGACUCGCUUAUCUGCAUGUUAUUGCUGAUGGAAGAACCUUCAACAAUUUCAUGAAGACCUGGGCAGCGUAUUCCUCCUCCCAAGCUUCAUCGUUUCCAUGCAAAUCCCUACCCUUUUAUGAUCGAAGCGUGAUUAUGGAUUCCCAUGGGCUUGAAGGGGUUUUCUUGAAGCAAUGGCGCCGGAAGAGAACUUCUUUCAUUGACGACACCAAGGUCAACUCAUCGCUAAGCGACCUGGUUCGAGCCACUUUCUUGAUGGAUCCGACUCAGAUGGAGAAGAUCAAACGCUUCAUUGUUUCAUUAUGCAGAGAGAAGAACCAGUCCCAGCCUGUGCACUUAUCUCCUUACGUCUUAACAUGUGCUUUUCUCUGGGUUUGCAUGCUCAAAACUCAUCAAAUCACCAGCAACGAACAUGUCCACAAGGAUCCGGCUUAUUUCGGGUUCAUCGCCGGCGGCAUGACUCGCCUACAAUUUCCUGUGCCGGCGACUUAUCUCGGGAAUUGCGUGGGGUUCGGUCGUGGGUCUGCGAUGAGGGAUGAGUUGCUUGGAGAAGAUGGGAUUGUGGCGGCGGCGAGAGCCAUCGGAGGCACAAUUAAGAAGCUGGAUAAGGAGAUGCUGGACGGAGCAGAGAAAUGGGUAUCGGAUUGGGAGGAGAUAUACGGGUCGGAGCUCCAUGUGGUGGCAACAUGGUCUCCAAAAUUGAAGCUUUAUGAGACAGAUUUUGGGUGGGGGAAGGCAAGGAAGAUAGAGGAGAUAUCAAUUGAUAAGAGCAAAGCCAUUUCACUUAUUGAGAGCAGAGAUGUUGAUGGUGGGAUAGAGAUGGGUUUGGCUUUGCCUCAUAAGAAAAUGGACACCUUUACCAUGUUCUUCAACCAAGGUCUGAAUGCAAUUUCAUAAGAACCUACUGUAAAUACUUUACUUUUUUUCAAUCAUGAUUGAUAAUAAAGGAAGAAAAACCUCCGGGUUUCAUUCUAUGAAAUUUCUUGAAUUUGAGAG